AUGGCCUCCCAGACUCCAGCUCUUACCAUGGCUUCCAUAAUCGCUACAGACGCUCCUCUCCUCUCCCCUGUCGCUUCAAAUGACUCCCUAUGGGAUUCUUGCCCAGACCCGGCCCUCAACUUCAAUUAUUCCUACUAUAAUCUCCAGGCAGCACAAGCAUCCCAGUCGUGCACGGACCCCCCAGUCCCCUCAAAGGUCCUCAAGAUGCGCAUGUCUCCAGACUCGACCUCCGACUCCACCCAGGAGCCCCUCUGCAUGCCCACACACCAGGUCUUCGAGCUCUCAGAACCCCCAACGUCCCGUGCCUCGAGCGCUGCCCCGCCACCCCAGCCCCAGCAGCCCCCAGUGCACCCCCAGGUCACCGCAGUCGCCUCAACCGCGAGCAAGCGCUCAGCCAGCCCCGCAGCAGGCCCCGCGAAGAAGAGGGCCACAAUCCUCAGCAAGGACUUUGUGCCCCCCGAUGUCUCCGGUCUCAGCAAGCGGGAAGCUCGUCUAGUGAAGAACCGAGCCGCAGCCUUCCUCAGCAGGCAACGAAAGCGAGAAGAUCGCGUUGCAGAACUCGAGCAGGAGAACGCGAGGCUUUUGGCCCUUACCAAAAACGGAAGCCAGGCCCCGCAGGACAACCUCGCCUCAGAGGUUGAGCAGCUCCGUGCCCAGUUGGCCGCUGCCCAGCAACGGGAACGUGAACUCAGCGAGAAACUGAAGAGUACGCCCAAGGACGACGUUGUGUCCGUCAAGGUCGAAUCAUCGGAAAGCUAUGUCCCAGCAUCGCCUUCCAGGCCUUCUCCAUCAUCAGGCCCUAACAAGACCGCUGCCAGUUUCGGUUUGAUGGUCCUUCUUUGUGCCCUUCCAACCCUCUUGUCCAUGCCAAUGCAAUCGACGACAAGCUUCUCAGUCCCGUCGCCUUUCUCAUCGGCUCUCAGCAAUUAUGACUACAAGAACAACUUUAUCCCUGGAGACUUUGAUUGGACUCGCACUUCCCUGAUGGACAUGGAUACUGAGGAGAACUCUAAUUUCCCAUCUUCGGCCCCCCGGAAACUGGAAUUCGCAGGCGUUGAUACGAGCGACUUGGGCGAUCUCGGCGGUUUGGACAUCUCGUUUGAUACAUCCUCAACGGACAACGGCAAAAUCCGCGUACGGAUUCAUCCAUCGUCUUCGGCGUCUUCACGGGCAAGUUCUCCCCCCGCCAGUUCGCAAUCAUCGAAAGCGGGAUCGCCGGCUCCCAUGGAAUCAUGGUCGGAUGCUCGCUCCUCCUUCUCGUCGGUCGCCAACUCGCCAUUACUCUCCUCAACUGCGGAUCCUUUCCUCGGUAUGGACUACGGCAGCCCGUUCAGCGACCUUGACGAGACUUCGUUCCCCGAUUUUGGAUUUGGGUCGGAAUAUAGUGUUCCAGAUAACUCUGGUGGAAAGCGACGAGUGAGGAUUGCCCUCAAAACACCACCUUCUUCGAGCUCUGAAGGCGGAGAAUGGGAAGUUCAGAUUUGCUGA